GCCCGUCGAUCUAUGCAGAGCUAAAAGCCCCCCGCGGGUUCGGAAUUGUGUGCGUAUCAGUAGUGCGUUAUUUGUUAUAGACAGACUUUUGGUGAUAUCGAACAGCGUCAUGCCGGAAAUAGCGUCGUCCAAGGCGAAGGGUCCAUCGGCCGAGCAGAAGCUACCGGAAACUAACGGCAAGGGAUCAGCAAGCACCUUGCCCGACCAGGCCGAACGCAACAGAAAGAUCAACGAACUACGCAAGCUGAUCGAAGGUUUUGAUGAUUGUAUGCGACGAAGUGACGAUCUGUUUCUGUGCCGAUUCCUGUACUGUUGUGAUUGGAACGUCGAAGAGUCGUUCGCGCGCAUGGUGAAGCUCUUCAAGUUGAAGGAAGCGAAUCCUGAAUGGUUCUUCCACAAACCGAUCGCCACCUACCAGGAGCUGUUGAACCGGAACAUCAAGUUUGCGCUGGAUCGUCGGGACCGGCGCGGUCGCCGAGUGUUUGUAACGCGACUGGGUGCAAUCGAUUUUUCCACGAUGGCCAUCACCGACCUGGCCAACCUGGACGACAUCUGGUUCGAGCUGAUGCUGAACGAGCCGGAAACACUCGACAGUGGCGUGACGUGUCUUAUCGAUAUGAGCGGCUAUUCGUUGAAGGGUCUGCGGUUUCUAACACCCCAGAACAUUCGUGUCGGCUCGGCGAAGGCUGAUUUGCUGCCGCUUAAGAACAUUGAGUUUCAUGUGGUAAAUUCGUCCGUCUUUAUGAACGCAGCCGUCGCCAUCCUGUACCCGAUGUUGAGCAAGAAAAUCAAAGAAAGUGUCCACUUCCACUAUUCGAACUGGAGCUCGCUGCAUGAGUACGUGCCGGCCGACAUAUUGCCUCAGGAGUAUGGUGGGAGUGCGGGUAAAGUGUUCGACUAUGAAGCCAUCGUCCGGCAGGUGAUGGACCGGGCGGAUGAAUUCGAUCGGUUAUUGACCUUCGGUGGAAAGGCGAUAGUACCAGUGACACCUUCACAAGUACCCAGCGUCACCAAUGGAAAGGCGUCGAAAACGAAGGGGAAACUAAAGGGUGUCGAUAAGAAGAAGAAAGGAAUGAAAGAAGUGCCUGUUGAGGAAUAAGGAUUCUGCUUAGCUAAGCUUUAAAUCGUAGGUUAUGAAAGGACAUUCCAGAGACGAAACCAUUGUUUUAUAAAAACAUUAACAUUUUAUGUAAGAAAAUACGAGUGGACCGUAGUAGGUUUAGAUGUGAUGAAAGUUAAUAAAAAG